UCGGGUUUUUUGCUUUUUUGCCCCAUUUGGAUAGGGGGAGUUCUCAUCCGGAGAGUUGGUUCUCCUCCUCACUUCUAGAUGACUUUUGGGUUUAACCUCUGUGAUAUACGCUGAAUUUAGAUGACCAGAGGAGCCAAAGGAGCAGUGGUGUUUGUGCAGCAGCAGCAACAAUCGAGUUUUAAAGCUGUAAAAUAUAUUGAGUUUACUUUGGACUUUUAUAUUUCUAUGUAUUGUAUUUGGGCCUCCAUAUUUACAGGCCUGUUUUCUCAUGAAAUUUUAUCAAUUGAUAAAAAAAAAGGGUCAAAGUUGUCUCUGUCAAUGUUCUGCUUCUACGCGCUAUAUAAGAGGCGACACCAGCGUACGGCCCACAACCUUUUUUCCAGGUUAGCCUCAUCCAUGAAGAAAUUUGCUUGCCGUUUCACUCUCUUCAAUUUCUUAACAAAACGAAUAAACAAAAUCUCGAUACAGAAGCCGACUUACUGAUCACGCGCCACUGCACGCUUCGUUUCUUCUACAAACAUGGAGCAACAGCCCACGGAGCACACGGAUUCCACGAGCCAGGAUUCGAAGCCAAAAUCUGAACCCGAUCCGAAUACCGGAGAUAAUCAUCUUCAUGAUGCAAAUGGAGACGAGAACAAGGGGAGUGUCGCGACGGAAUCGGUUGCUGAGACAGAGGCUCCAGGUGACGCUGAUCAGUUGCAAGCUCCGAGCUGUACAAGCCCCAGGAAAAAAACGGUCCGCUGGCGCUCCGCAUUGGUGACAGAACCUCGUUUUUUACCUGACAGCAAUGGCAGUGACAAGGAUUUAUUUGAUGGAUCCAAUCCCUACGUUUCUUCAUCUCCUGCACAUCCCUCCUUGUCCUUUUCAUUAAAAGAUACGAUGGGAAGCGUGCGGGAUACGCUAGGAGUACUGGGAAAAAAGAUGGGUGAAGCUACCAAGAUGGUCGAGGAUCUCGCUGAAAACACAUGGCAGCACUUGAAGACAGCACCUAGCGUAGCAGAUGCUGCAUUGGGAAGAAUUGCUCAAGGAACAAAGAUUCUAGCAGAAGGUGGUUACGAGAAGGUCUUUCGACAGACGUUUGAAACAGUACCUGAGGAGCAACUCCAGAACUCAUAUGCAUGUUACUUAUCCACAUCAGCUGGUCCAGUUAUGGGGAUUUUAUACGUUUCUACAGCCAAGCUUGCAUUUUGUAGUGACAAUCCCCUUCAACAUCAAUUUGAUGGCCAAACUGAAUGGAGCUACUGUAAGGUGGCCAUCCCAUUACAUCAGCUUAAAUCUGUCAAUCCUUCGUCAAGCAAAACAAAUACUGCUGAGAAAUACAUUGAGAUUAUUUCUGUUGAUACUCACGAAUUUUGGUUCAUGGGAUUCCUAAAUUACGAUGGGGCUGUGAAAUUUCUGCAGGAUGCUUUGCAAUCCCAUAAUCUACAGUCUGCUUGAUACUUGUCACAUGCUCGUUAUCUUAUAACCAGAAGUUUUCAGCAUGUGGUGCCAAGUGCUAAUGUAGAACGGCGCAUGCUGCAAUUCUUUGGAAAAUUUUGUUUGUUCCUCUGGGAACGAAAUUAGGAAAUUGUAGAGUUGAUGAACAUCUUUGUAACAGCACAUAUAUAUAAUCCAUGUGGUUGUAGUUUUGCAUGGCACAACUCAUUUAGAAACUUGUUUGUAUGAAUCUUAUGUGAGAUUAGCUGUUAACCUUCA